GUUAGUCUGUAGUGAAAAAUGAUCCGGUUCUUCUUUGCUGCUGCCCUCGUGGCAUUUGUGUGCGCAAAAGAUGUGUACAACCCUUCCCUGAAGGGAAUGCAAGGAAUCUCAAUUACUUACGAAAAUGAGGAACAGCUGGCUUUUGUCCUUCAAUAUGAAGGAGUUUUGGGUUUCGAUUUUAUGAAAGUAACUCGUCUAGCUAAUGACAAUAUCCACGUUCUUGUCACAGCCUUUCAAGUGCCUAUUUUCAAAAAAGCGCUUGAAAACCAUGGCAUUAAAUACAACGUUUUUAUCGAAGAUUUCGGAAAAUUAGUUGAAGAGGAAUCUAUUUCACAAGAAAUUGCAAGAGUGGCAGCUCACAGGUCUAAGGCUAGGAGAACCUAUAACUUUUCUUACUUUCCACGUCAUAAAGAGAUAAACAAUUAUUUAGUAGACCUUUCUAAAACAAACGAGAAUGUUACCGUCUUCAGUAUUGGAAAAUCUUAUGAGGGUCGUGAAAUGUUAGGUGUAAAAAUUUCAAGCGGUGGAAGCAACGAUAAACCCGCCGUGCUUAUCGAUGCUGGAAUUCACGCCCGUGAAUGGAUUGCUCCCACCACAGCACUUUAUGCAAUUUCGAAACUUGUGAAUGAAAAAAGUCUUUAUGAAAAAAUAGACUGGUACAUUCUUCCACAAAUUAAUCCUGAUGGUUAUGAAUAUUCUCAUACCGAAUAUCGUCUCUGGAGAAAAACGAGAUCCCCUAGUGAAUUAUCUUAUUGUCCAGGAGUCGAUGCUAACAGAAACUUUGGAUUCAAAUGGAUGGAAGUAGGAGCUUCGGACUAUCCCUGUGAUGAAAUUUAUGCUGGAAGUGAGGCAUUUUCAGAAGUAGAAGCACAAAAUGUGCGCGAUUUUGUUCUCUCCAAAAAUGGUACCAUCAAGACUUAUUUGACUUUCCAUUCAUAUGGACAGUACUUGUUGCAUCCAUGGGGAUACACUUCUGAUUUACCAGAGAACGAGCCAGUUCUAAGAUCAGUAGCAGUAAAGGCAGAAAAAGCCCUGGCAGCCGUCCAAGGCACCCGAUAUACUAUUGGAAGUUCCACCAAUGUUUUGUACGCAGCAGCUGGUGGAAGUGACGAUUGGGUAAUGGCUGUUGGAGGUGCAGAUUUAUCUUACACUGUUGAAUUGCCAGGAAACUCUUUUGUUAUUCCAGCAAGACGAAUUAAGCCCGUAGGAGAAGAGACUUUCGAAGCAAUAAAAGUAUUCGGUGAAUACACUUCAGAGAAUUACGCUUAAUCAGAUCAAUUGAAAUAUGAAUGACUUAUCAGUUAAUUUUGUAAAUAGAAUAAAAUGAAUAUAUUU